GGGGUCCUUGGGCAAAACCCACUACAGUGGGGGGGGGGGGGCAAGGGGGUCCAUUCCCCUUUGUGGAGGGGCAUAGAGCCCCCUUUGGCACGCGUGAUUUUACUAGGUGUGGGUGGAUGGGAUAACUAGGUGAGUGGCAGGGUUUAACCCCCCGCCCCCAUGACUCUUCCCCUCCCUCUCCCCCCUCCCUGUAACCUCCAAAAGGGGAAUUUUCCAGCUGGUAAUUUCUGCUGCGUCAACACCCAGCUCAAGGGAGAGGAGAGGAGACAAGGGGGCAUUUUAACAGCAGCUUCACUUGCAAAUAACAAGCCUGAAUUCUGGCUCCAGAAUCAAAAAGCUUUCCACCCCCCAAAAAUCAGCAUCUGUGCAAGUUGGACCAAGAGUUUGUCAAGAGUGUGGCUCAAAACUGCUUGGAAAAAGGGAUGAGUUACAGUACAGUUGAUGAACCUUUCAAAGCCUAUUACCAGAAACACUUUCCCUCUUUUCAUUAAAACAUGUGUGGUAUACCAUGACACCUCGUGGCAUUUAUCUUUACUAAAGGAAGCAAUUUUCAACUAUUGAGUCUGUGGACGAGGAAACUGGAAGAUUCCCAAAUGAAUAACCGAAAGGAAGAUAUGGAAAUUGCCUCCCAUUACCGUCAUCUGCUUCGUGAGCUCAAUGAGCAGAGACAGCAUGGCAUCCUCUGUGAUGUUUGCAUUAUAGUGGAGGGGAAGAUCUUCAAGGCUCACAAAAACGUUCUGCUCGGGAGCAGCCGCUACUUCAAGACUCUGUACUGCCAGGUUCAGAAAACAUCUGAUCAGGCCACUGUCACUCAUUUAGACAUUGUAACUGCACAGGGCUUUAAAGCUAUCAUUGACUUCAUGUAUUCUGCUCACUUAGCAUUGACCAGCAGAAAUGUUAUCGAGGUGAUGUCUGCUGCUAGCUAUCUUCAGAUGACUGAUAUUGUACAAGCCUGUCACAAUUUCAUAAAAGCGGCUCUUGACAUAAGUAUAAAGUCUGAUGCCUCAGAUGACCUUGUUGAUUAUGAACUUGGGGCUGCUUCCAGCAGUAGUACAGAUGCUUUGAUUUCAGCAGUGGUGGCUGGUAGGAGCAUUUCUCCAUGGUUAGCUCGACGAACAAGUCCAGCAAACUCUUCUGGUGAUUCAGCCAUUGCUAGCUGUCAUGAAGGAGGGAGCAGUUAUGGAAAAGAGGAUCAGGAACCAAAAACAGAUAGCCACGAUGACAUUUCAUCCCAGUCUCUUUGGUCCAGUGACAUGGGCUAUGGGUCUUUGCGUAUCAAAGAGGAGCAAAUUUCACCUUCUCAUUAUGGAGGGAAUGACUUGCGUUCUGCCAAGGAUAGUGCAAUACAGAACACUUUCUCAGAACAAGGAGCAGGAGAUGGCUGGCAGCCCACAGGACGCAGAAAGAAUAGAAAAAAUAAAGAAACUGUGCGUCAUAUUACACAGCAAGUAGAGACUGACAGCAGGGCAAGCUCUCCAGUGCCAUCUUUUUUAUCUGCCUCCGGAUGGCCAUAUAACAGUCGUGACCCAAGUGCUGAUGUGGCAGUGACAGAUCCCAGCAGUUCAGAUAGCCGCAUGGAGAGAUCAGACCUCUACGCAAGUGUUGAUGAAGCACUCAUAGGAGGUGAUGCUAGCUACCUAUCUCAGCCUCUUACGCCAGAGAAGGAUGAUGCACUUCAGGCUGCAACAGUUGCUAACCUGCGAGCAGCCCUCAUGAGUAAGAACAGCUUGUUAUCUCUGAAAGCUGACAUGCUGGGAGAGGACAGUUCUCUGCUAUUCGAGUACUUACCCAAAGGCACACAUUCUUUAUCUCUAAAUGAAUUCACAGUCAUCAGAAAGAAAUUCAAGUGCCCAUACUGCAGUUUCUCAGCCAUGCAUCAGUGUAUCCUGAAGAGACACAUGAGAUCCCAUACAGGAGAAAGACCCUAUCCUUGUGAAAUAUGUGGAAAAAAAUUCACGCGCAGGGAGCACAUGAAACGGCACACCUUGGUCCACAGCAAAGACAAAAAAUACGUAUGCAAAGUGUGCAACAGAGUGUUCAUGUCUGCAGCCAGCGUGGGAAUCAAGCACGGCUCCCGCCGCCACGGAGUUUGUGCCGAUUGCUCUGGUCGAGGCAUACCAGGCCACUUAGACCAGAACGGAGGCGAAGGCUCUCCAGAUGAAUUAUAUCCUGGCGAAGGCCAGUACAUGGAAGAUCCAGAUGACAUGAAAGUGGAGGGAGAUGAAGAGAUGGGCGAUGACGAUGAUAUAAAAUGGAAAGAUGACGUCGGAAUCUCACAGGAUGACGUGAUUCUAGAAGAUGACAAAGAAGAUGUUGACUCUCCACAGGAGCAAGAGAACUCUGGGGAGAAUGACAAGGAUUUUACUUGGAUUUCUUAGGGAGGUGGGGAAAGUUUUGUUUGUAGGGGGAGGGAGGGAAGACAGUGUGUGCUGGGAAAAACUAAGUAGCCUUGUCGUUGUCCAUGUGUGCAAAACAGUUGUUUGUGUUUUUUUUUAAACAAACAAGUCCUUUAUCUCUCCCAUUCAGAUAUGGUAUUAGUAAGUGUCACUUUUAGUGGCAUCAGUUACAUUACCCUUCCUCUUCUUCCCCCAUGGAAACAUAUGAUUGUCUGUCUUUGCCUCUCUGUGGGAGCAAAUCAGAUUGCAUGCAAGUGACUUAGAGUUUCUGAAGACGUGAGCACUGCGAGGGAGAGACAGAGAGAGACUAGGAGAUGUAUAAAGUACGUGUUCCUGUUAUAAACCUUCCCCACCCUGAAUUAAAUAGCAGGGAGGUUUUGUGUCCCAAACAACUUUUUUUCAAGUUUUGUUUGUUCUAAAUUCACAGCAGCAGUGGACUUACUUACAAACGAGCAUCGUGUAAGCAAAUUGACCUGUGUGUUGGAGGGCUUCUCCAUAAUACCCCAAGUCUUUCGCACAAAUAAUUAAUUUAAAUAUUUAAUUGUUUUAACUUAUGUUUUUUUUUUUAUGGAACCUAUUAGAUCAAACAGCAAUUCGGGCUGCCGCCUUAAGAACCCCUUUCACAACCAUGGGUCUUUACUUCCAAAUGGUCCAUCAGGUUAAAGAUCAUUAAAUUAUUUGAACCCACUGGCAACUUUUAACAGUGUCCAGUUUUUCAACCCUAUUUAGUAAUAUGGUGUGAAAUGAGUGUUGGUGUGUCCAUAAGAUGUGUUUGCUAUAAAAGACCCAUGGAGUUAGUACCCAGUUGCUUGGUUUACAUGCAUGUUGUCGCCUUUCUUCCUUAGGUGUCAACGAACUGCCUUUUUUUCAUAUUUAUAUGCAAAUUUUAGGAAUGUGCUAGUCAGUUAACAAAAUGAAUUGUAGAAAACUCAAGAAACAAGGGGAGAAAUCCUAGCUCCAAAGUCAAGAUUUCACCCAAGUUAUAUUAUUCAUCUUUGCCAAGCUAAAGCAUUGUUACUUAAUUUGUAAGUAUAGUCUGUAUGUUUAACUGACUAAGUAGAACUACCUUUGCUUCAGCCAGGUUGAUUCUCUGAGAGCCUUCCCUUUUACAGAACCAGAUUUCUCCACUAGAGCAUCUCUUCUCUCUUUUUUUGUGUAUAGAGUAGAAUUUACAUGGGUGUGUUCCAAAUAGUUCAGGUCAUAUUGGCCACUGCUGCCUUCCUAUGACAUUUACUUAAAAAACUCAGUGAAAGUGUCCUGGUCAGAAUAUAAGCUUCUGCUCACCUUUCACCUUUAUGUUUUGGUGCUUUUAAAUAAAAAGGCUGAAGGACCUCACUGUUUUCUAGCUCUGGAGCAGAUUUUUAUACAAUGUCUAUGAUAAUGAUGGUCUUGAAACCUGCCACAAACAAGACCAAGAGGCAACCAGUUAAAUCUAGGAAGCCAAAUUAUUAAAAGGUGCUAUUUUUCCCCCAAUUGUGGGAAAGGCAAUUUCUUGUGGGGAAACCUUUUAAGUCCUUGUAUUUAAUUUUUUUAAAAAUGGAAAGCAUGGUUCUACCCAGGGAAUAAAAUAAAAGCAGAGUCUACUGUACAAAAUCACAGUAAAUAAAUCUUUAGGUAUUUCAGCUAUUUGGUGCCACUGAUCUCUUCCCAGUGAAGUGUCAUAAUGCAAGUGUCUACCUACUUGGCACCCUAGAAUAGCUGGACCAUUAGGCAUUGCUGUAUUUGAAAGGUCAAAUCACCAUUAUUUAAUGUAUUUUAUUCCUUUUCUCUGCAACUAUCCUGAGUUUCUUUUUCUUUUCAAGAAACUGACCGGUUUUCCUCUGCAUGUUUUCUUCCUCCCCAAACUGUGGGACUCUUCUCACAGUGGUUUGUACUUUCACAUUGUGUAUAAGCACCAAAAUUGUGACUGUUCAAGUUUGGUAUUGGUCGGUAAUUUGGACAAAUGUUUUUUCUAAAACAGUCCAUGUUCUUAAAUCUACUGGUAGCACAAAGCAAAGUUCUGUUAUUACUGUCUACACUGCUGCUCGUAUUUAGGAUUGAAAAAAUUACCAAACAAAAAUGGGCAACCAGAUUCUCUGAAUAUUCAAGGAAUAGUGUGGGAGGGUCAUAUAAAACCAUGUUUAUGAAACUGUAAACAGCUGUUUUUUGCAUUUUAGCUUGUUAUAAAGCCCUAUUACUAUAUUUUAAAAGAACCAGUGUUUUAAGAUUGGACCUUUAUAUCCCUUUUUCUAAGUGCAAAAGAAAUCAGCAGUUGUGUCCAUUCUGUGUUAUCAUAAAACCAGGUCACUGUUACAUGAACUUGCGUACUUUCACCUAUCAAAUAUGCAGGCUGUCAAUUUAUUGCCAGUUAUUCUGUAAAUAUUACGUUUUUUUCCUAAACUUCCAGCAGUCACAGGUCACAUAUAGACAAAUACAUACUUUAGAGAUACCUGUAGCUUGUCUCUUUAUAUAUAAAAUCUAUUUUAAAAUGGAGAAAAAAACCCUGAAACCACCUACAUGACCUUCAGUUCCUAAGACAUUCCACUUCUUUCGUCCACCCUCACCCCACUGUACAAAUUCACUAGGGAGAAACAAAAUGUAUUGAUCCUGAGUUGACUUUGUCCCCGCCCUCAUUUUGGGCAAACUUGAUUUUGUAUGAACAUUUUGGGGGUGCUUAGCUUUAUUUUGUGUUUUAUUUGGAAAUAUUUUAUAUUGCUUUUUUCUUUUCCUUUUUUUUAUAGCGGACAAUAAGCCAAAUGGCUUUCAUAAAUGUUUUCUACUAGUGCCACUUCUGUGCUCUUCAUACUGAGGAUGCAAAAAAGAGAGAGAGAGAGGAACCCACAAAAAACUAACUUGUUAUAUUGUUAAAAUUAUAAUAUAGCACAUGUGUCUAUAUUACUAACUUACACUAAAUAAAUAUAUAUACCAAAUAAAUCAUUCUAAUAUGUGAUGUAUAAUUUUAAGUGCUUUGUUUUUGAUGGAGGUGUGCAGAUUUGGAAAUUAAAUACCUGUCAGGAAUAGCUUUUUAAACUUCCACACCCUAUUGCAGAGAGACAUGGGAUUUUAUUUUUAAAAAGAAGUUGAUUCUAAAAACAGUGAUGCUUUCUAUCAAAUAGAAAGGGGGUCUCUUUAUACAACUUUACCAGUUACUUCACUUAUCUAUGUUUUAUAAACUUAAAUCUGAAGCUGCACUGUGUUUAACUGCAGGGUUAAUUUUAAAAAUGAAAAGAAAUCAAAGAUUUGAAAGCAGGAAAUUAAGCAUGGAAAGAUACCAGCAAUUUCCAGGUCUGUCUUCAGGCCCAAUUCCGCAAAGCCAUAAGCAAAUGCACAACUUUGUGCAGGUGUUUAAGACUUUGUAAGUUUGAGGAGUAGAGUUAGCAACCGUACCUCACAUUUUUCUCUGUCCAGAUACUUGUGUAAAUUAGCUACCUAUGUACAUUUCUCUCUUUGCUGUUCUAUGUAAAGAAAUUUUACCUAAAUGUCAUUCUGUCCAACACUAGGUCAAAUAAUCUUUAUCAUCUACUCUUAUAUUUCCCUUUAGAAACUUUUAUAUUUUAUUGAGGUUCCCUUUUUAAAUUUCAUUUUCUUAAAAAAAAUGCAGAUUGAGUUUCAGAAAAUAAUUUCCUUCAAAAUGAAAAAUUAAGACAUUUGGUGUCAGUGGAAAUGUUGUGGUUAACUUUUUUUUUUUUUUUUUUUUUAUUAAAGCAUAUGUAAUGUGUAAUCACUAUAUCCCAAAUCUCUUUUUUUAUUCUCUUCUUUUUAUAUAUAAAACAGGACCAGAACUACAAACAGCAUCUCAAACAAAGCUUUGCUAAGUUUUCAUGCAGUUCAGUGUAUUUCUUCAGUUCUAUAAAUAAAUACCUAAAGAAUGCUAAAUGAUGCAGUAAGUUAUAUCUUUGUAUAAUACUGCAUUUAAACGUUCUCAAACAAUGCAGGCAACUUAGGUUCUUGGCUUUUCCUUCCUGUCAACUUUUUGUUUCUUUCAAAAAAUCUUUUAAAAAUCCUAAUUUAUAUAUAUAUUUGAAUAUAGUUGGUUUAAUAUAUAAAAUGUAAGGUCACCAUAAAAACCUCACAAAGAUACAGAAUGAUUUUGCAGGGACAUAAGAAGGGGGACAUGUCUCAUGAAGGUUUUCAAAGUGACUGGCUCUUUUGAAAAACAAAUAGUGCUUGGACUAUUAAAGGAAUAUUUUCUUAUCAAAAGGAAACCUACUUUAGCAUUAGGUCCCAUUUUAUGUUUUGUAUCUUGAAUUAUGCCUUUAAAUGUUCUGCAACUCCAAAGUGAAAAUUGCAUUCAGUUGAUUUUUUAUAUAUGUGUGUGUAUAUUUGGGAAUUUAUUACUUUGGAUUGUGUGUCAAACUCUUGUUCCUGACAAAGUUGUAUAUUUUGACUCUCCAUUUGCAGUAGAGGGUUCCGUCAGAACACUGCCAUCUUUGAAUAGGAGCCUCCAUGAAAAAGAUCCACCUUAAUGCUUCCAAUUUUGCACAUCACCCUUUAAAAAAAAAAAACUCCAAGAAAAUGCAAAAACUGGAAUUUUUUGCAAUAUUAUGAAAGAUAAUCUUAUUUUAGCUCAUUCUGUGACAUGUGCAACUCUUAAGAAAGCCAUACUUAAUGGUUCUUUUUAUUUUUAGAUUCUAUAUUGUGUUUUGGAUUUCUGCCUUUUUUAGACUUUCUGCAUAGUAAGAGUGCUGUGUGUAUGCUUUCAUAUAUAUUUAUUUUUCAACAUGCUUUAAACCUGUCUGCAAAAAUAAAACUAAAAAUUAAAAAAAAAACACCAGGACAGUGUUUGAAGAUUGUUGACUAUUUUUUUUUUUUUUUUGCUGGGAAUAUUCUAUAUUAUACUGACUUUAUAUUAAUUAUUAUAAACCUGUGUUUGUAUUGAAGAUGUGUUUAAUAUUAUGGGGAGGUGGGGAGAUUUUAGUAAUCAGAAGUCAGUGGGAGAACAUGACCGUGUGUUGUACUGAUUUUCUGUAAAUGUAGUUCAGGUAAAUAUUACCUUAUUUUCUAGUUGAUCUCACAGUUUCUUGUCUGCCUAGGCGUGCCAAAGGUAUUGCCUACUGAUUAUGAUUACUUUCUGUGAUGGGAUUAGCUUAGACAUACUUGCAAAAUCAAUCAGUUUCAAUAAAUUGGGAAAUUGCUGCUA